CUGUUGACGUGUCACCAUGGCAACGACGCACCGCUGGGAUCUCCUCCGCCCUUGUCUGUUUUUUUAGCCGUUAUUAGCGAGAUAAAGAGUCAUACUAUCACUUAGCAACAUGAAAAUUAACUGGUACCAUAUUGUAUGAGUUGAACUUUAAAAAAAGAAGAUGUCGGAUAUAUUGUGCAAGUGGCUGAAUGAGGAACUCCGGCUGUCAAAAGCUGUUGAGCCAAAGACCUUUGCCAAGGAUUUCUCGAGUGGUUACCUAAUCGGGGAGGUUCUGCAUAAAUAUCAGUUACAGAACGAUUUCAAUAUGUUUCUGAAGAAAGACACCUCCAUCUCCAAACUGAAUAAUUGUACCCGCCUUGAGCCUACUCUCCAUUUGUUGGGGAUCUCCUUUGAUGCGACCACAGCCCAGGGACUGAUGCAGGAGAAGCAAGGGGUUGCCACACACCUCCUUUACCAGCUCUUUGUCUCACUAGAAAAGAAGAAGAAAGCAGAAAUCAGCGGGACAGUGAUGGAAAUUAUGCAGCCUGCAGCCAAUGCUAGCCUGCACAAAAUAGAGCAUGAAAUCUAUUCUGAUCGGCUGCAAGAUGUGGUAAAACGUGAUGCAGAGCUCAAGCUGCAGAAAAUUUCCCAGCACUAUGAGGAGAAAUGCCUGCAAUGGAACCACAUGUCUUCACUGUCGCAGCCAGUCCAGCAGAAGAGACAACUCAAAGUCCAAGAUGAGAAGAGAAUGAAGAAUACUGAGAAGCUGCGGGUGUGUCGUCAAAAGCACAAUGACAUCAUGACUCGUAACCAGGCCAGUAUUGUCCGGGUGCCAAAGCCACCUCCCUACACUUCACUGAUCAACCUAAAGAAGAGGCAACAGCAGCAGCGACGCCGAGAACAACAUGCGCAGACGGUCCAGUCUGAAAUAGCCCAGUUUGAGAGAAACAGAAAGAAACUGGUUACUUCUGGUUUCGUUUCCUCUUCAAGUGGUCAGCCAUUCACUGGAGAUUUUCCUCAUGGUGGCAACAGUCAGGGCUGUGACGUUUCUGGAAGUGAAACUAAGGUGAUACUACAAUCCAAUAGCAAGUACAUUCAGGAGAUCCGCCAGAGGUUGCAGGAGAAUGCUGUAGCUUGUGAGCAGAGAGAGAAAAGACGAGACAGAUUCCUGGUGGAACAGCUCAAGUCACACGAAGCUCGAGAGGAAGCAAGACGAGAGGAGCAGCUGGUGAAGCGUCUGACACGUCAGACUCAGCAAGAGCAGCGUUUGGCAGUGCAGCUCCUCCAGGUCCGCAAACUGAAAGAGGUGAUCCGGGAGAACCGCCUGUUCAGAGAGCAGCAGUACCAGCAGCGGAGAGAGAAGGACUUCCAGGAAGCUCUGGAGAGGGAGGCGGCUCUGGCUCAGCAGGUUAAGUUGGACCAUGCAGACGAGAUCAGAAAGGAGCUUGAAUUCUGUAACAGGAUUGCUGCUGAGCGUGCUCAGAGCAGAUACAAGAAGCACUUUAAAAGCUGCAAGGAGAUUUUGGAGCAGAUAGUGGACUUGGCCACCAAGGUUGGAGAAUAUCGACUGCUCACUGGGAAUCUGAUUCCAGAGAAGCUGAUGAAAGAAUGGAAGGAAUUGCUGUUCAAUGGUAUGCCUCUCUAUCAGCCGAUAAGUUUGGAGGGCCAGCAGCCAGGGUUUGAGUUCUCUUCCCCACCAGACCCUGUAGAGAUUAAGAAGCAGGAGAUACUCAACGACCAGGACUAUGAUGAAUACACUAACAUGGUAGGUGAGUGGGCAUGGCCAGAAGAAGCAGGGGAGACCAAUUUACCCCUAACCAACAACAAGAUUCUCGGACAUGUUGUCCUGCGGCUGAGGAACAUUGUCCAUCCAACCAUCGAGGAACCCUCCACACCGUCAUUUCCUAACUUCAUGCUCAAAGCCUGUGUCCUGGGCAAGUUUUGCUCUGGCAAGACCACCUGCCUAGCCAAGAUUGCUGAAGCCCAUGGCAUCUAUGUCUUAUCAGCUGACACACUGAUUGAGGAGGCACUGACUGCUUACCAGAAUGGAGAGGAGGUCACAGAGCAGAGGGGAAAGGAAGACAAUGAUCAAUUGCUCACAUCCUCCACAUCACUGAAAUCUGAUCUUGACACCCAAGAGGAAAGUAGCAACACUAAGCUUUCUGUCCGGGCCAUGCAUGGAGGAGCUGCAGAAAAUGAGCUCAGGAAAGGCAGUGCCAUCCCUAAUGAGCUAGUGGUGGACAUUAUAGUGGAGGCUAUCAGGCAGAUUCCAGCUGGGUCAGGUUGGGUCCUGGAUGGAUUUCCAGUGGACAUCACCCAGGCCUAUCUGCUAGAGAAAGCCCUUGGUGGGUCUGUGGAUGUAGGGAAUGAAGUUGUGAGCAGCAGGACAAACCUUGCUAUUGAUCCUAAUCCACCCACACCGCCACCACCACCAGCUCCUGCACUGGACCUGGUUGUACUGCUGGAUAUUCCUGAUGAGUGCGUUGUCAGGCGGGCUGUCAAUCAGACGGGUACUGAUACUGCUGCUGCUGCUACAACCUCUACAGAAAAUAACUUAUUUCUGGCACAGAUUCCAAACAGGAUCGCAGCUUUUCAGGACACCUGGACCAAACUAGAGGAAUGGUUUGGCAGGAAGCAAAACAUUUUGGUUCACGUUGAUGCAGAUGUAGAGGAAGAGGAGCUUUACAAGAGGGUGGACUCUGUCCUUCAGCAAGUUAUGAUGCAAACACAGGAAGCUCUUGGCAAUCCCUCUGUUGAGGAUGAUGAAGUGUUGGACAGUGGAAAAACUCAAGAAUCCUCUUCUGCCACACCUGCACCUGUAGACCAAGCUCCGGCCCUCACAGACCAAGACCCGGGCCCCACAGAGUCCAAUAUCAGCCUUAACGAGCAAAAAGAUGAAAGUGUGACAUCAAUUUCCAAAUCCAACACACAUUCCCCAAGAGGUCAGUCAAGGAAGGCAUCAUCUUGCUCAUUGACCAAUGAGGACUCUCAGGGAGUCCCCAAGAACCCACUUGAGUGUGCCUCUCCCUGUCCAGGUUCAUCCAGUUGGGUCUAUGUGGAUGAACCUCUGCCCCAAGAAAUUCCAGAGUACCUGUGCUCCCAUUGGGAUGCAGUAUGUGACUCUUAUGUGAGCAACAUAAGGGCAGUGAUGCAGGCGCUGCGCUCAGAACACACUCUUAUUAAUCAUCACCUAUUCAACAUCAGAGAGGAGUACAAGCAUUACUUGGGGCGUCCUGACCUGAAGCAGGAAUUAGUGUCUCAGUGGCAGAAGGACUUCAACAAAAUACCUGGUGAUAUGAGAGAAGACGAGGAUACCAAAGCGGAGCUACAUCAGCGACUGGAUGACCUGCGGGAACGUUUGUGGGACAUUAGUGACAAGCGUAAAGAGGAGGAUGAACAAGAGAAGGCUUUGCUCACGGAUGAUGGCUGGUUGGAGGAUCACACAGCGGUCCUAAUCAACCACCACUCUACACUCAUGCAGGUGGAGUUGAACCGUUUCCAGGACACACUCUGUAUUCUCAGGGUCUACUAUCUGAGCAUGUACAGACAGGUGCUGCCUGCGCUUCCCUCCAACUUUGUCUGUAUCCCCCUACUGGACAUCCCAGAAAUGAUGGAUGAGGAAGAAAGUACUGAGCCAGCGGCCACAAAUGUGUGUAGUCAGAGGGAUGAAGGAGGGGAGAAGAAGAAAACUAAAUUUAUUCCCCUCCUCCCCAGACAUCCUGACUCUUCAGGAGUGGCCUCCAAGACGAACAGCCAGGGUCAGAGAGAACCUGCCAAGUCACUUCAUGAGAAACUGAUCUCCGACCACGGGGAGGCACUCACAGCCAUCAGCAAAUUGGUGUCAGCAGAGGCCCAUCUGAGGGACAUGGAGGCAAAAGAACAGAGGGAGAAACCGCAAGAGAAGGAGAGGGAGAAAGACUCUGCAAGUGCAAACAAAAAGAAUAAAAGGACUCAGUCAUCAAAAAAACAGAAAGGUCCACCAUCCCCUCCCCCUGCACCCAGCCCUGUACCGUCUGAUGAAAAAAACUCAGAGAAGACUCAUUAUCAAGAAGUCAGAAGCAAAAUACAGAAAGAAUAUGCUGCUGCACUGAAUCACGAAGAGCAUGCAGUAAAAGUACGCAUUGCGCUGGUGAAAGGCCGUGGGUUAGUGUUGCUGCAGUCCCUGCAAAGUAGAGCAGAACAGACCUUUAGCAGCAUGGAGAAGUGGUUAGAAGCACAUUAUCUUGCAGAAAUGAAGAGUAUUGACCAACUAGCAGAAGUGGUACGCCACCACAUAGAGUCUGGUGCUAAGCUGCAGGAUGAGCUAGUGUUGGAAUGCACUGACUUCUAUUUGAAUGGAGACUGCCACUUUGUGGCCAGCGUUCCUCCCCCUCCUCGUCCACCUCCUCUGGAGAAACCCAUGCGGUCCACUCUGACCAUCAUUCAGCUGGAGUCACUCUACCAACAUCUAUGCAACAUGGCUCCAUCAGGCUUCAUGUCCAGUUCUGAGUUCUCCAGUUUGCUGAAGGACAUAAUCUCUGUUAACAUGGGCAGAAACACAGUGCCUGAGCCCUGGAUCAACAUGAAUGAAACACAGUUGAUGGAGAUAGCAUCUCUGCUAUCGGAUGAGUAUGAGCUGAUAGACUGGCAUCGGUUCCUGCUCAGUGCUGCCCUCCCUUGGCCAUUUCCCUCCUUAACACAGCUGCUGGUAGUGCUACAACGUUUCAAGUCAGCGGAUAAGGGUGACACAGGCUAUAUCAACGAAGAACAGUACCAACAGACAGAGUUGUGGUUUUCCAGUGAGAGUGUUCAGCCCGUCCCUGAGGAUCCCUCUGAGCCUCCACCUUAUGACCGUCUGGCUAACUUAUGCAAAUUCUUUUUCCAGUUGUUUGCAGACCACUCUUUCUCUCCACCUCGUCUGGACUACGUGUCAAUGCUGCAGUACUUUGCAGCUGAUCCUAACCCGAAACAGGGGUUCAUCAGAGCACUUAGUGUAGUGAUGGGACAACAUCUCAAGCACCCAUCAUCCAGCCAUCUUGUCAAGUCUAUGCCCAGUAUAGAAGAGGCUACAGAGUUCAGCUUCUCAGAGCCUGACGGAGAAUACAAGAAAGAAGAGACUCCGUGUGCAUCAAGCAGUUUGUUGGGAGAGCAGCAAGUGUCCAUCCCUGCUCUUCUUGCUGUCAUCUGCCACAGAGUUACUAAAAUGAAAGACGACAACGCCCUUCCUCCAGGCUGCAUGAGUCAGGAGGAGCACACUGAGCACCUGGUGCAUAUAUUCACAGAGCUUGGGUGUAGGCCUGAGGACCGUGUCCCCUUCUCAGUUUUCUCUCUGCAUCCUUUGACCCAAAGCCUGAUGGAGAGCUCAGUGCACUACCGGCUCAUAGAUAUUCAUAGAGUGCUGCUGGCCCAGCAGGAUGAAGGAGAAGCUAACAGCUUGAACGUUUCCUAAAUGAUAAGACGUAUCCAGUACAUAUACAUACUGCUGUCUACGUCAUGAAGAACUCUUUGACUCAGGAAAUGAAAAAUAUGAUCCAUUCUGUGUUUUGAAAUAUUCUGAUUACGUGUUUGAAAUGUUUAAUCUCAGGUUAAUUGAUUACUCCAGUAUUGAAUCAGUAAAUUUGCAGCUAUGGCACUAGGUGUGGCCUUAA